CUGCUGGAACCGAUGCAAAUUGAGGUUGAGUUUGGAAUAUUUAGGUGGUAAUUUGCUAAUUUGUAGUGGAUAUCUUCAGCAACAUUCAGGGCUCUUUGUCUCCCCCCUCCUUACGUACCAGGGUACCCGCAAAACGGAAGCCGGUUGAGCGAAUUUUAGGAAAGCUCGAUUGAAAGGGAAUGGCGGCGUGGAGCCAUUAUGGAGUAAAGACGGUUAGUACCUGGGCACUUCCAGGUAUUGCAACAAAACUUGACGAUGCCAAUUUCCCACAUUAUCAACAACGUCUCCAUCCUAGAGCAGAAAUGUAACCUAUUCGACAUCCUAUAAGUACCGGGCUCUGCACCGCCGAUUCUUAUGCAGGAUCUUCAACGGAGAUAUUCCAGCAUAACCAGUAGGAGUUCGUUCCAUGAUGGCGUCACUCUCAGUAGCCUUGGUUGUCCUCGUAGCGGUUGGAGAUGUUUUCGCAUCUCCAGCAAACGCCCAACAACUAUCCACCCGCCAGGUUCCGGAACAGGCUCAAGUCAUUGACUGGAAAUCUUUCAAUGUUCUCCCGACUGUUCUUCCACCCACACAAGCGAACGCUUCUGCGUUCUUUUUCAUUCCACCUGGACUUGACUUGGAAUCGAUGAAAGAGAAACCAUUCCAUAUCUUCGAUGAUGAAUUUUAUGAUGUGCUUGGUCCUAAUCCCACGUUGACGCUCAUCGCCAACUCGGGUAAUGAGCUUUUGUUUCACGAGGCGAAUACCUGGUAUCCACCUACGGAUGAGAUGUUUUUCGUGCAGAAUGCAGGAGCACCGGCGGAUGGCACAGGCUUAAAUAAAUCAAAUGUAGUUUCUAAAAUUUCUCUAAGCGAAGCCGCGGCGGUUUCCAGUCUCCGAAAUGCGACGGGAUCGGUCACUGUCCAGACGCUCGACACCCCUGAAAUCAUCAAUUCAAACGGCGGCACGAACUUUCGGGGCCAAAUUAUCUUUACGGCGGAAGGACAAGGAGAUGAUAAACCAUCGAACCUGGUGAUAAUGAAUCCGGUUGCGCCAUACAAUUCAACCGUACUUGUCAACAACUUCUUCGGGCGUCAGUUCAAUUCCCUGAACGAUGUGGCCGUAAAUCCUCGCAACAAGGAAAUCUACUUCACCGACACUCUUUACGGCUACCUGCAGGACUUCCGACCCGUCCCAGGUCUCAGAAACCAAGUAUACAGGUACAAUUAUGACACCGGUUCGAUCGCUGCAGUCGCCGACGGUUUCACUCUUCCUAACGGAAUAACAUUCUCUCCCAACGGAUCGCAUGCGUACAUUACCGACACCGGUAUCAGCCACGGCUUCUGGGGGUGGAACUUUUCUAACCCUGCGAGCAUUUAUCGUUUCGAAGUCCAGGAAGAUGGUUCCUUCGGCACCCGCAACCUCUUCGCCUACAUUGAUUCCGGAUCUCCAGACGGUGUCCAUUGCGACAGCAAAGGCAACGUCUGGGCGGGCUGUGGCGAUGGCCUACAGAUCUUCAACCCGUCGGGAAAACUAAUUGGAAAGGUCUUCCUCGGCAAGACCACUGCGAACUUCAAUUUCGCCGGCGACGGACGAAUGGUCAUAUGCGCGGAAGACGAGCUCUACUAUGCCACUCUCGCGGCUUCGGGGGGCGGGUACAUUUCAUAGUUUUGACCGUAGUAGUAUGUAUGUAAAUCACGGGAAAUCCUGUAGAUAGCUAAGAAAAGUGUUUUGACUGAA